AAGAGCUUGCGAACCAAAGGAAGCCAGCCAGGAGGAGUAACUGUGAGAACAAAACCAAGCAGAACAUCUUUCACAAACAAGACUGCGGCCGACAGGGGGGUCUAUUUUUUGGGAACUUGUUUUUUUUUUUUUUUUUUGCUGUAUCGUUUUGAUAGGACAAAGUGCGAGGUUUGUGAGGAGGGAAGAGGUUAGCACGGCGCAGGAUUGGGCACCAGCUUUGGCACGGGUCACCUGAUCAGUUUUGUGUGAGCAGAUCCAGGUUCACCUUCAAUACUAUUAAGGGAUCCUUGCUGAUGCCAGUUGGACUGGAGUCGGGCUCUCCCUGCAGCUGCAGGUGUUUCUCGUACAAACAGGGUUUCUUCUGAUCGUCUCCCCAAUAUUUUGAAGAUUACAAAGGCCAAAACCCUUGACUUUUGGCAUUAAUCAGCAAUAACCUUAUUUCAUAACCUUUACUGAUUCCGACACCAGUCACUUGGACUUGGUGGUGGGGGCAGAAGAUCCCUAAUUCAAGAUGAGCAUCACCAAGAAAGAUGUGCAAAAGUUCCUGGAUGAAAACCCAGAUUUCGCCAAUGUUUAUUUCAACAAGAAGCUGAAGCCGGGAUCCAUCGCGGCCAUGAUUGGCCGACCGGAGUCCAAGGUGGACUUCGACACCUUCAAGGCCCUCAGUCAGGUGGAGGAGGGCGAGAUCCUGUGGGAACUGGUGAGCGACAUGCAGGAGAGCAUCAACAUGGAGAAGGUGGUCUUCAAGGUCCUGAAGAGGAUCAGCUUCCUGAUCGGCGCCGACCGCUGCAGCCUGUUCAUGUACCGCCAGCGGAACGGCAUCGCCGAGCUCGCCACGCGCCUCUUCAACGUGCACAGCGGCGCCGCGCUGGAGGACUGCCUGGUGCAGCCCGACUCCGAGAUCGUCUUCCCUCUCGACAUCGGGGUCGUGGGCCACGUAGCCCAGACCAAGAAAACGGUCAAUGUCAAAGAUGUCUCAGAGAACAGUUAUUUCAGUCCGUUUGUUGACGAAUUGACAGACUACACCACCAAGAACAUCCUAGCAACGCCCAUCAUGAACGGAAAAGAUGUGGUGGGAGUAGUCAUGGCAGUCAACAAGACAAAUGGACCCUACUUUACUCCUGAGGAUGAAGACCUUUUUUUAAAGUAUCUGAGCUUUGCCUCUUUGAACCUAAAGAUCUUCCAGCUGAGCUACCUCCACAACUGUGAGACACGGCGAGGUCAGGUCCUGCUUUGGUCGGCCAACAAGGUGUUUGAGGAGCUGACUGACAUCGAGCGACAGUUUCACAAGGCCUUGUACACAGUGAGAGCGUACCUGAACUGCGACAGGUACUCAGUGGGCCUUCUGGACAUGACAAAGGAAAAGGAAUUUUUUGACAUCUGGCCGGUGCUGAUGGGGGAGCAGCCACCGUACUCCGGACCUGUCACUCCUGACGGGAGGGAAAUUAUAUUCUACAAGGUCAUUGACUAUAUUCUACAUGGAAAGGAGGAGAUCAAAGUCAUUCCAACUCCACCUGCAGAUCACUGGGCAUUAGCGAGUGGGCUACCCACAUAUGUCGCAGAAAGCGGUUUUAUCUGCAAUAUCAUGAACGCACCAUCUGAAGACAUGUUCCAAUUUCAGACAGAAGCCCUGGAUGGUAGUGGCUGGACCAUAAAGAAUGUGCUGUCCUUACCCAUUGUCAACAAGAAGGAAGAAAUUGUGGGCGUGGCCACGUUUUAUAACAGGAAGGAUGGCAAGCCAUUCGAUGAACAGGAUGAGGUCAUCAUGGAGUCUCUUACACAGUUCCUGGGCUGGUCAGUGCUCAACACAGACACCUAUGACCGGAUGAACAAGCUGGAAAACAGGAAGGACAUCGCCCAGGACAUGGUGCUCUACCACGUUAAAUGCCGUGAUGACGAGAUACAGGACAUCUUGAAAACACGGGAAUAUUUUGGCAAAGAGCCUGCAGACUGUGAAGAGGACGAGCUUUUACAAAUCCUGAAAAAAGAACUGCCAGGUCCAAAGAAGUUUGAGAUCUAUGAGUUCAGGUUCUCUGACUUUGACUGUACAGAGCUGGACCUGGUGAAGUGUGGUAUUCAGAUGUACUACGAGGUCGGUGUGGUCAAGAAGUUCCAGAUUCCACAAGAGGUUUUAGUGCGGUUCAUGUACUCAGUCAGCAAAGGCUACAGGAGAAUUACCUAUCACAACUGGCGGCAUGGCUUCAAUGUGGGACAAACCAUGUUCACAUUAUUAACGACAGGGCUGUUGAAGCGGUAUUACACAGACCUGGAGGUGAUGGCCAUGAUCACCGCUGGCUUCCUGCACGACAUCGACCACAGGGGCACCAAUAACCUCUACCAGGUGAAAUCACAAAACCCUCUUGCAAAGCUUCAUGGAUCAUCUAUUCUGGAAAGGCACCAUUUAGAUUUUGGAAAGUUUUUGCUGGGACAAGACUCCUUGAAUAUUUUCCAGAACCUCAACAGGCGACAGAUGGAGCAUGUCUUUCAUCUGAUUGACAUCGCCAUCAUAGCAACAGACCUGGCACUGUACUUCAAAAAGAGGACAAUGUUCCAGAAAAUAGUUGACCUCUCAAAGACGUAUGAAGAUGAAAAGAAGUGGGUGGAUUUCAUGUCCCUAGAGACAACAAGGAAAGAGAUUGUGAUGGCAAUGAUGAUGACAGCGUGCGAUCUGUCAGCCAUCACCAAGCCCUGGGAGGUGCAGAGCAAGGUGGCUCUAUCUGUGGCAGCCGAGUUCUGGGAGCAAGGUGACCUGGAGAGGACUGUUCUGGAGCAGCAGCCCAUUCCCAUGAUGGACAGAAACAAGGCUGCUGAACUGCCAAAGCUCCAGUGUGGUUUCAUCGACUUCGUCUGUACCUUUGUCUACAAGGAGUUCUCCCGGUUUCACCCGACCAUCCAGCCCAUGUAUGACGGCAUCCUGAACAACAGGAAAGAGUGGAAGGCCAGGCAGGAGGAGUACGAGGCCAAGCUGAAGGCCAUGGAGGAGGAGGCGGCAGCGAAGCAGGCGGCAGUCGGAGCCAAAACCACUGCUAACAGCCAACAAAAUGGAGGCGCUGGGUCCAAGACAUGCUCAGUCAGCUAGAGGUCUGGGAUGGGCAUAAACUGAGGGACACGCCGCUGACAACACGCCCAUUCAGUCUGAACUGCACAGGGGAUAGAGCCAAGCCUCCGCCCCUCAGAACCACAGGACCCACGCCGGACCUCAUCCUACUGUCCAGACACCCGGACACACAGCCACCUAGAUACACAGCCACCUGGACACAGACACCCGGACACACAGCCACCUAGAUACACAGCCACCUGGACACAGACACCCGGACACACAGCCACCUAGAUACACAGCCACCUGGACACAGACACCCGGACACACAGCCACCUAGAUACACAGCCACCUGGACACAGACACCCGGACACACAC